AUGGCGGGGCCUUUUCACACCUACGGCCCUUCGUGCCUUUUGGCAGACGAAGAGCUGGAUCUGUCGAGCUUGUACUCGCGUCUUACACCGCCAGACGUCCGCUCGCAGUUCUUCUACAUAUCAUCCUUGCCAAUUGACGACCCUUUGGCGCCUCUGCCCCCGGCAACCGGGCAAUCUACUGAAAAUGAAAGGGCUCCACCCAAACCAUUCUCUGCUAGAGAUAAUCUCGCCUUGGAGACCGCAUGGCGCGAGCUUGGGAAAGCCCAACAGGUCAAAGCUGCUUCCAAAAGCCCCUCUCGACCCGAGACGUCACAUGGACGCUCUGGGAUAGCCGUGCCUGGACGCGGGCCGGGUCUUGAGGUGCAAAGACGUCGCAAGGCCGCAAAUGCAGAGGGUGCGAGCUUGGGUAGCAGCAGGGGCACUCCGACCUCGUUUCCAGAUGAUCUGUCGCGGAAUCUCAAGAGCCGCUCGGGCUACUCCGCCAAUAGCUCCGAUGCCCGAGCAGAGGACUAUGCGGAUCGGCAUCAACCGACCUCGCCUAUGGCUGACAGCUUCAACGAUGGGAAACAUAGAAGCAGUAUUGCUUACCGGAAGAGAGACCGCUCUUCUUCCCUGAAUGAGUCCCUUUCGGCCAAAAGAAGGAAUUCGAUCGAAGAAGACCCACUAGAAGGACAAGACGAUGCUGGCAGCUUGCGUGCGAAUCGGUCUAGGGAUGCUAGCAUCAGUGGCUCCCCCUUCAUCAGGGCACCUAUCUCUCAGUCGCACAGUCCCCUGGGUCGUUCGAAUGAUUCGCUGCCAUCAAAAGAUGGAGCACACGAAGGACAGACAGAGUUGCGAAACGGCGUUCCUAAUUGGAUAGCACCGAAGCCCUCGAAUCUACGGGCCGCCGUCAGCUGGGAUGAGCUCACCCAGGAUAGCUCGCGCGAUGAGACCAACCCCGAGGAGUCGCAGAUUAAGAUCCCAGUCGGUGUUUCGCGUCUUCACUUGGUCGAAUUGCCAAAAUUAAAGAUGAAACCUAUCUACUGGAAUCCUCUACAUGACAUCUCAGGCGUAGUUCGUGCCACCUGGUUCUAUAAGAAUAGCAUGUUACCCGUGGAAACGGAUCUCGCGAACAAGCUCGAAGAAGGAUAUGCCUACUUAAAGCCGUGGACCGAUACCUGGCAGGACGAGUUGAACAGCUGUGUGGAGAAUGGCGCCGAUGCGGAGAUUAAAGUCAUGCAUCAGCUGUGGCCGAAGGGCGAGCCUGGAUCUGCCAGGCCCCCGGGAACAGCACAGGGCCCCGAGAGCAAUGACUCUACCGCCGGUGAAGCGGAUGAGACUCCCGCGUUCGAUGGAAACCAAGCUGCUGGUGGAACAGCGGCUCGUUUCGAAGCUAUCAAGUCGCAUCUCACCUCCAGCGUCAUUUACGUGGAUGCGAAGAAUGCUCAGAUCCUACGACCCAGCUUGCUCCCGUCUGCGUCCAGAGGAAGACGCCCGCUUAGUGCAAUUCGCAAAGAACGACAAAUCGGAAUUCCGGUGGUUCGCGGGUUUAGUCGAAAGCUGUGGGAUCGGUUGCACCCUUCGAAACCCAACCCCGUCGAUGUACGACAAUACAUCCGGAAGACCCAGGAAGAAACUGCUCCCGCCCCCGGAGAACAAAUAUGCUACGCAUGCAAGAUGGAAGAGCAGCGCGCUAGCCCAACAGAUCUGGUAUUCGUCAUUCAUGGUAUUGGACAAAAGUUAUCAGAGAGAAUGGAAAGCUUUCACUUCACACACGCAAUCAACGCUUUCCGUCGCCAGGUCAACAUGGAGCUGAACAAUGAGCCUGUUUGGCCCCAUGUCGACCAAGACCACGGCGGAAUCAUGGUCCUGCCUGUAAACUGGCGAGCAACUCUAUCUUUGGAAGAUCCGGCCCUUGAAUCUCCAGAUGCGGAGGACCCAACAGCCAACGACUUUUCCCUCGACGACAUCACCCCGCAAACACUUCCUGCCGUGCGAUCCUUGAUCAGCGAUGUCAUGCUUGAUAUUCCCUAUUAUCUCUCUCAUCACAAGCCGAAAAUGAUCAAGGCGGUUGUGAGAGAGGCCAAUCGCAUUUAUCGACUCUGGUGUAAGAAUAAUGCUGGCUUCCAAGAAAACGGUCGUGUGCACCUUCUUGCUCAUUCCCUAGGAAGUGUCAUGGCCCUCGACAUUUUAAGUCACCAGCCGACCCAUGUUCCUCGCUUUAAGUUUUCGGAUACACGCUUACACAAUGAUAUCUUCGAGUUCGAUACCCGGCAUCUGUUUUUGUGUGGCAGCCCUGUUGGGUUUUUCUUACUGCUCAACAAAGCGAGUCUCCUUCCUCGAAAAGGUAGAGACAAACCAGGGAGUGAAGGCGAGGAUCGAUUUCGCGGUGUUGCCGGCGAGGCUGGCGACUACGGCUGCCUUGCAGUAGACAAUCUCUACAAUAUACUGCACACCACAGACCCAAUUGCCUACCGCGUCAACGCCACAGUCGACAAAGACCUUUCCAACUCCCUCAAAACGGCCUCGAUUCCAAGUUCCAGCUCAACAAUUUGGUCUUCCUUCGGCAGCGUCUUCCGCUGGAGCUCAACAACCUCCUUCGUCCCAGCAACAGUCCCAAUCCGCCCCGCAGCAAUCACCAAGCUUCCCUCCAACGUCGAAAUGGAAACCCACGAUUUCACGCGCGAGGAAAUUGCCGAGAAGCGCAUGCUCCUGUUAAACGAUAACGGCCAGAUUGACUACUACCUCUCUGGCGGCGGCGGCCCGUUGAAUAUCCAGUACCUCAAUAUGCUGAGUGCGCACAGUAGUUACUGGACGUUGACGGAUUUUGUGCGCUUUGUUGUUGUCGAGAUUGCACGGAAGCAGGGACGAGAUGGGACGUUGCUUGCUUUUAGGGCUGAGAAGAAGAAGGGGUGGAAGUAUUCUAAGGGGUGA